AGAUAGUGAAUAACAUUGUAUGCAUCCCAUCAAGAGGUGCGUAAGUCGUAUCAUAGGAUUGCGAGUCGACACCGUUUGAAGAUGUGCCCCAGGGCCUGUAUCUACCUAUUUCUGUCUCUGUCGCUCUGUGUCAUCUCAGAGGAAAAGCAGGACUUUGUUGUGAACGUCAACGAUGACGGCACAUACAACGUCGUUGUCCAGAGAGAUGUGUGGCUGAAGAGCGCCCCCACCUUCUUCAGAGCCGAUGGCCAAGUGUUCUCCUCUGCCGAUGGAUCUCUGAAGCUGGUCAAGAACACUCAGUCCAGUGGUGUGGACGUCGUAGGGCAGUGGGAGGCCAACAGCUUCCUGUACCAGGCAGGGUCCAGUCAGAUCGAGGCCAGCUUUGUACAGUACACACCAGAUCCAAGCAUAUUCACCUACAACAACCCGGCCAUACCUUUCAUGCUGUUCAAACAGCGCUACAUCAAUGGAGCAAACAACACCGCCUCCAACAGCAGCGACUACACCAUUUCUGGCUUUCCUGGAUUUCAAAUUCAAGAGACGGCCUUUCCUUUGGGCUACCUUGGUUACGCUGGGCUAAUGUUUGGUAGUGAGGGUCUAAAGGCUGGACAAUGGGGGCCAUCAUCAUUCAAAAUAGAUGACGGGAUCGAAAGCGGGCCUUUGGCCAUUUUUGAUCGAGAGAAGACUGCAAAUACGUUGAUUAUCUCCCCUGCAAGCCGGUUCAUGUCCUCAUCACAAUGGCGUCAGAACGCCAGCACCGGUGGGGACAAUGUCUAUUUGGGCACGAUGGGCGCUGUGGAAGACAUCCCACUUGGUGUAGAAACCAGUUUUAUUCUGUUCUGUGGUAACCAAGGCAUUAACAAGGCUUUCGUGAGCUGGGGUCACAUUUUGCAAAAAUGGCAUGGGCGAACAGACCAGUUUGUCAAGUCCGACUUUACGAUCAACUACUUAGGAUACUGGACAGACAAUGGGGCGUAUUACUACAAUGUGAAGGAGAAGGGAAAGAACUACCAGGACACGGUGCUUGACAUCAAGAGCUACAUCGGACAGGUUGGGGUACCCGUCAGGUACAUUCAGUACGACGCGUGGUGGUACUACUGGGACAACGAUUUUGUUGUUUACUCGCCAGGUACAUAAUAACUGGGACAAUGA